GUCAGCCAACGCCGGAUUUCGCAGCCUGAAAGCGGCAGCGCCUCCCGCUAGCUGGGCCACUAAUUUUAAUUUAACGACGUAACCGCACUUCCGCAACACCGCCCUCUCUUUACUGCUGCGCGUGCAUCUCCAACUUCGAAUCGAAAAAAAAAGAGAGAGAACGGCGACGGCGUUUACUUUGCAGAGCCGUGCCUCCCACCACCGCCAUCACGUCCCAUCCAUGCUCCUCGCGUGUGCCGCCCAGGUGGAUGUGGACGUGAUAUUCAGCAACCCCUCCUCGCAUCCCUUGUGACAAUGGCCAGCGUAAGCCAGGAUACAGAGCCCGCGGCGGCCGCCGGCAAUGCGACUCCAGCGCCACCGGCGAGCACAGCACCGGCUGAAACCGCAACGGCGGCGGCGACGGUUGCUGUACUAGAGGUCGACGACUUCGGCCUGCCUAUAAAGAAGUUUAUAACGCCGGUGGUAGAGACCACAGGCUCGGAAGCCCAAGAUGCGACAGACGAUGCGAACACGGGCGACGAGAUCCAGAAUGGGACACACGAAAUUCAAGAAAACGGCGGGGAGACAAAAGAAGUUACGGAUAACAAAAGCGGGCACACGUCAGGCGACGGUACGGAAGACGCUGAUCCCAACGAUGCUCAGGAAGCCAGAACUGCGGCUACCUCGCCCAUACAAGAGGAGACCAAGGCAGAGACAGGCCAUCAAGAACCCUCAAGCCCAUCGAUAGAUGCUGAGAAGUCGAAUCCUGCCUCCCCAUCUCCGGCAAAGGAUGCUCCAGCAGUUGUAGUGCCUUCUACGCCAAAGACUCCCAACACCGCCACCGGAUGGGGCGACAAGUCUGCCCAGGCAAAGACGCCUGAGGGACUCAACCAGACACACAGACGAGAGAUAAGCUUCUCGAGUCCCGCUAGUGGAAGGGGCAUUUCGGAAUACUCUCAUCAGCACGUUUUAAUGCAGUCAGAAGAACAUGAAGCCCAAUUGAAAGAUGACGAUGAUGGCGGCUGGCAGGAGAUGCCAUCCUACGCCCGGUAUGACAUGUAUGACGACGACGACCGAUUAAUUGCUCGAGAGCACGAUGCAGAUGAGGACGAAACUUAUGGUUAUGCGGGGCUCGGCGGCGCCGGAAAGGGAUAUACACGCGUUAUAAUGGAUGAAGAUGCCGAGUCGGCAACGAGCAUGGAUGAACACACACAGUACUUAUUCAAGGACCCCAAGAGCACGAGCGCCAUGGGCGAAGAUGACGAGGCCAGAGACGCUGUGUCACAGAUGCAGGCUACGAAAGAUCUCCUCACCGAGGGCCAAAGGAUUGCGUACGUCGGCGUUGUUCGCCUGGAAAUUGUAAACCUAGUCAAAGAAGCCAGCCUGGAAAUUACAAGAGGAGCCAAAAGGCAGGUCGUCAUGGGUGCCGAAGCAGUCAAGAUGUGGGGUCAAAAGAUGAUGAUUCGGCUCUACGCUCAUAUGGACAUUAGCGAUGCAGAGCAAAUCAUGAUUGAGCAGCUUGCAGCCCACGGCGUCAUGGCUCAAGACCUGACACCUGCUCUGCUCGCCAACUCUCGAGUUCAUAAUCCCAUGGCUGAAGAAAAAAGCGGAGGGCCACCCGGGACACCCAAUUCUGGCCGCUAUCCGCCAUCAUACGCAGAGGAAGAGAAGCCUGCCGAGAUGCCGCCACCGUACGAGACGCACACCGGCGAGGAGCUGCCGGAGGUGAAGACACCAUCACAGAUGCCGACAACAGAGAAAAUCGACAUUGAUCUGCGAUGGACGAUUCUCUGCGAUUUAUUCCUGAUUCUCAUUGCAGACUCAGUAUACGAUGCUCGGUCAAGAACCUUGCUGGAACGGGUCGCCAAGAGCUUGGAUAUCUCGUGGAUAGACAUUUGCAAGUUUGAAAAGAGAGUGACGGAUGCGCUGGAGAUACAACAGGCUGCCGAGAAGGAAAAUUGGAACGAAGAAGAGCACAUGGAGCACCGCAGAAAGAUGGCCCUGAAAAAGCGAUAUAUCAUGAUGGGCCUGGCUACCGUGGGAGGUGGUCUUGUUAUUGGCCUUUCAGCUGGUCUACUUGCCCCUGUCAUCGGAGCUGGUUUGGCGGCUGGCUUUACAACUAUCGGUGUCACGGGUACAAGCAGUUUCUUGGCUGGAGCGGGAGGAGCAGCCAUCAUCACGUCCAGCGCAGCGGCUUCAGGAGGCAUCAUUGGUGGCAGGGCAGCCGGUCGCCGAACCGGCGCCGUCAAGACCUUUGAGUAUCGGCCCCUACACAACAAUAAGCGUGUCAAUCUUAUUGUUACGGUGUCUGGCUGGCUGACAGGAAAAGUCGACGACGUCCGCUUACCGUUCAGCACGGUUGAUCCAGUAAUGGGUGACAUGUACUCGGUACUGUGGGAACCAGAAAUGCUUAGGAGUAUGGGUGACACUAUUAACAUUCUGGCUACCGAGGCACUUACUCAAGGUCUGCAGCAAGUCCUGGGCAGCACCAUCCUUGUCAGUUUGAUGGCAGCUAUCCAGCUCCCAGUGGUUCUGACCAAACUUUCCUACCUCAUCGACAACCCCUGGGCGGUUUCCCUGGACCGCGCAACAGCGGCGGGUCUUAUCCUAGCAGACUCGCUGAUAGAACGGAGCUUGGGCACCCGACCCAUUACUCUUGUCGGAUACUCACUCGGCGCUCGAGUCAUCUUUUCCUGUUUGAGAGAGCUGGCGAGAAAGGGUGCAUACGGACUUGUCCAAAAUGUGUACAUGUUUGGAUCGCCAAUUGUGGUGAGCAAGGAUGAUUUCCUCAAGGCACGGUCGGUAGUUUCAGGCCGUUUUGUAAACGGAUACAACCGCAAUGAUUGGAUUCUCGGCUAUCUUUUCCGGUUGACAAAUGGAGGUAUUAGGAAAGUGGCCGGAUUAGGUCCUCUGACAGACUGCCCGUGGGUAGAAAGCAUUGACGUGACAGACCUCGUGGCUGGCCACAUGGAGUACCGUAAGGCCAUGCCAUCUCUUCUCAUCAGAUGCGGAUGGCUUGUCACCAGCGAGGAGUUUUCGGAGAUUGAAGACCCAGAUCCCGAUGAUCACCAAGGACGACAACGCGAGCUCAUCAAUGAGAUUGAAGAAGCACGCAGAGAGCUAGAGAGGGAGGGCAAAGCAGAAAAGAGAGGAAGCAAGUUUGGAAUAUUUGGCCGGCGCAAGAAGGGAGAGCGACAGGAGUGGGAGAUUUACGAAGAAUCAGGCAAGGGCUCAGCCAAGGACGAGAAGAAGACUGAAGGCAGCGAUGGCAGCAACUAUGGCGUGCUGUUUGACAUUGACGCCAUCCGAGCUGAGCUGGCCAAGGAGGCCGAGAAUGAGGGCGGGGAAGAGAUUCAAGUCAAGGAAAUCAAGUCUACGCUUCCGCCAAUGAAACUUGAUUACUCGCCGGUGAGUUCUCCAAGAACGCCGGUGCGAGGAGCGUCCCUGGGGCCACGGGACUCGUGGCAGACGUCAAAGAGCGCAGAAGUAUUGCCGAUACGCUCCUCAAACGGCGGCAGCGGUGGCUACAGUCCGCGGGAGCCGCCGGCAACGACGACGCUAGCAACGCCCAUAACACGAUCGCCAGCACCGCCAUCGCCGUAUCUUUAUGAGGCGAACCCACACGAAGAGGAGGAGAUUUCCAUGACGUUUGACACAUCGUUCCACGAGCCUGUUGCUCGGCGCCACUCUACGUUUGAUGAAGAGCCGAGCAGGCCGGAGAUUAAGACUACGAAUACGCUACCAAAUGUACCGAAUGUUUCGAACCCAUGGAAUGACUUUGAUGAUGAUGAGUUUGGCAAGGAGCAGGAGAUUUCCAUGACGUUUGCAUAACUGCUAGAUGCAUCUGGGGAGUGCUGAUUCAGCUUAUUCUCUUCUUUUAUUCUUCUUUGCAAUAUAUCUCUGCACGUCAUAAAUGGAGUUGGGUAAACCUUUUUUUUCUCUUUUCUUUCCUUUUCUUUUUCUUUUCUUUUCUUU